AUGGUUAAUUGGACAAACCCGAAGGAAAGAGAGGCAGACGGCAUCGCUUUCACAAAGGCAGUUUAUGUCCUGUUUGGGAUUUACAUAUGGGAAAUCUGUACGACUGGCAGUUUUGAGUUAUCCAUCUUCUUGGGUAGGCGCAGGCUGGCAUGGCCUUUGGUACCUUUCUUCUUUCUGUGCCGUUACAGCAUGCUCUUUGCUUUCAUUGGAUUGAUCAUCUUCAACAAUGUAUUCACGAAGAUUGAUUGCAAUGCUCUGUACACGUUCACUUCCAUCGCAGGCAAUUUGACAAUUCUCAGUGCCUCCACUUCGCUGAUGACCAGGACCAUGGCGCUUUGGGAGUGGAAACGCUGGGCAGUUCUGUCAAUGCUUGCCCUUUCGUUUGGGCAGUGGGCGAUCCUAAUUCGCACUAUGACGGUCGUGCAAACAUCAUGGGAUCACCAGGCUAGGGCUUGCGUGGUUUUGAGGACAAAUCACAUCCUCCUGAACCUGAACUACGUCUACACCAUAACAUUUGACUUCGUGAUUUUGGUGAUGACACUAUUCGCUCUGGGAAAGCGUUUCAGGCAUGAGGAUCUUUCACGCUUUCUCGUUCGCGAUGGCUUGGUUUACUUCCUCAUCACAUCGACCUGCAACACCAUUCCAGCCGUAGGUGUUCUUCUCGGAUAUGCUGCCACCGAAGUUGACAUAGACACAGGUCUUAACUGCUCUCAACCUCAACGGUGA